AUGAACUUUCAAAUAACAAACGAGGAUCCAAACAAAUGGUCGGUUGAUGAAGUAUACGGUUGGAUUCAGACAUUGGGAAUUCGACCGGACGUCGCGAGUCGAUUUCGGGAGGCUGGAAUCGACGGCCAGAAAUUGAUGGAUGUCAACUAUAGUUUUCUGAAGGAACACAUGAAUAUCGAGAAUCACUAUGAUCAAUUUAACAUAGUAAUGUCGAUAGCUUUACUUCGUAGAACCGUUAAAUACGGUGACAAUUCAAAACAUAUGGAGCAAUUAAGAGAACGAGUAAAUGAAAAGAAACAGAAUUAUGGGUACAUGAAAAAAUGGUUGCACAUGGAACAGGAUGAAUUACUUUUGCCAUACGGAGAAAGUGAUCCAGAACAAAACUACAUCUCUAGUGACUUCGAAGAGGAUAUGAAUAGGGAAGAGGAAGAAUGUCUAAGAAAAGGAAAACCUUCUCUCUUCAUAGACGUCGAUAGCAUCGAGCAUAAAAACCGUGCUCAGGACAUUAUAGAUCAAUAUAUCGAUAUUGUGCAUCAAAAUUGGAAGUUAGAAAGAUUCCCUAAACUUGAGGAAAGGAGGUGGUGGCAUUGGACUAGACUGUUGCCACCAAGAAAACACGUUAAUCCUAGAGAAGUAAUACAUUCCUUAGAAAAGGAUUGUUUCCAUUUGAAAAGUAAACGACUCCCCGAAUUAAUUGAAGAAAUAAAGCCUAAUAUAAUAUCACGAGUCCACCUUGAUAGAAUUGCCAAACAGCGGUGUGGAAAUCUGGACAGCACGCUUCAUGAAAUUUACGAGACCGAGUGGAAAAUUGAACUUGUCAAGGGCGGAAAAGUUCCGGAGAGACCUUCGAAGCGAACACGAGACCAGGAAGAUGAUAUCCAGAGGAACUCUGAAAUAAGGGAUGAUGCAUUUAUAAGGGAAGACGAAGAAGACUCGGAUUAUGAAUCAGAUUUCAUCGACGAUUCUAAUGUCGAAUAUACACCAGAAGAAUUGGCAGAAUUUGAAAGGAUUGGCAUGAAAUUGCAGUUUGUUUCAAUUUCGAACGAAACAUCUUGCGAAGAAAAGUUUCAAGUUUCUUCGCCUAAACUUUCCCAAGAACCAUCACAAGCUACUUCACCGGAACCCUCUCGUGCUGCGUCAUCCGAACCAUAUAUUCCAAAAGAGCUCGAGUUUGGUUAUACUGAGGAGGAAAUGCCGGACGUUAUUAAGUUGCGAAAAGACCGUGCAUUGCUCGAGAAAGAAUUCACUAGACGCUAUGUGAUGCAAAGAAAAUCAACCAAGAGAGAGAAGGGGAUCAUAAUAAAUCUUGGCCAUAAAGAAGAUGAAGUUCACAUAUACAUUCAUGAGGGGUUAGCUUCUAAAUUAAAAAGACAUCAGAUUGAGGGAGUGCGAUUCCUCUGGAAGAAUAUAAUUAUGUUUAAUAAAGGUUGUGUGCUUGCGCAUUCCAUGGGACUCGGAAAAACCUUCCAGAAGAUUCUUAUAUGCAAUUGGGAGGAGGAAUUCAAGAAAUGGAUAAAACAAAUUGAUGUUUCCAAUACUUGUCCAGUGUAUAAAUUCAGAGAUGAUCAUGAUACCAAGGAAAGGAGAAUCAGCUUACUGGAAAAAUGGUGGAAGGGAGGGAUUCUAUUGAUGGGAUAUGAAAUGUUCCACACCGUCGUUAAUUCGGACUCUCGAUACAGCGAAUUUUUAUUGAAGCCCGGGCCAUCUCUCGUCGUGGCAGAUGAAGGUCAUAAACUACGAAACAAGGACACAGGACUUUAUCGAGAUCUCGUGCGCCUCAGAACACCCAGUCGCAUCAUUCUAACAGGAUCUCCGCUGCAAAAUAAUUUGGAGGAGUAUUGGUGCACAAUAGAUUUUGCGUGCCCUAAUUUCCUCGGAAAAUUUGAAAAUUUCAGAAAGGUAUACAUUGCGCCAAUUGAAGAAGGGUUGUAUAAGCAGGUCUCAUCAUCCAAGGAAAAGACAUCGAGGAAAACGUUGUUCGUAUUGAGCAGGGUCAUUGAAGACAUUAUGCACAGGCGCAGUGGCACAAUUCUCGAACAAGAACUUAAGCCAAAACAUGAUUUUUACAUAGCAUUUAUGUUGACACCUGAACAACUAGAUAUUUACCGGGACAUCAUUGGCUACAUCAAAAAGGAGAAUUUAACGCCGGUUCAAUACGAUCAUCUGUUAAGUAACUUAUGCAAUCAUCCUAAAAUAAUGUUGGAUUCGGUAUUUAAGAAGGAAAAACAAAAGUCAGGUAAAAUGAAAGGACAGGUGUUGUAUAUCGAUCUGACCAACGAAAGUGACACUGAUCAAGGCGCUGAGGACAAAUCUCAAUCUAUUGCACCGAACAUUCGUGAAUUUAUUAUUGAAAACAUGGCAGGCCCAAUAGAUAAAUUACAUCCCUUAUCCAGCUCCGGAAAGAUGGUUUUACUCAAAGAGAUAUUGAUUCAAUGCAAGAAAAUCAAUGACAAGGUGCUCAUAUUUUCAAAAAGUAUUCCAACAAUAAAUUUCAUUCAAAAGAUGAUAACGCAAGAAAAGAUAUCGGGUCAAGACAUUCGUAUAGUUGGCGACACGAAUUCCUCAAGUAGACAAGAAUUAAUUGAUAGAUUUAAUAAGUCCGAAGAAUGGCGUGUUGCACUGAUAUCUAUAAAGACAGGUGCCGUUGGCGUUAAUCUAUUUGGGGCGAAUAGAGUGAUUCUAUUUGACGGCGAUUGGAAUCCAAGUGUCGCAGAACAAGCUAUCGGACGUGCGUAUCGCUACGGUCAGAAAAAGGAAGUGUACGUCUAUCGGUUCGUGACAUAUGGAACUUUUGAAGAGAAAUUAUUUGCGCACAACAUCCAUAAGACUGGUUUGUCGUUACGUGUUUUGGACCAAAAGAAUCCGACCAAAAACUUUUCAAAGGAUGAGAUGAAUACCCGUUAUUUGUCGAUACCUCCGUCCUACGUUGAACGCAGGCUUCCACUGAAAUUGAAUUUUAACGAUCAGCUUCUAGAACGGGUUUCGAAUCUUCAUAGCAAACAUAUUUUUGAAAUUAAUCCUAUGAAAAGAUACUUUCUUGACGAUAAGAAUGAACUUGACGAAGAGGAGUUGCAGCAAUGCGAGUCCAUGGUGAAAAACGAGAAGUUGGGGUUGUCGAUGAUAAUUUGA